UAUUCUUAUAAAUGUACAUACCAAAUCAUUACAUAAUUAAUUAAUUAAUUUCUUUUGUGUUUGUGUAGGGAGAAGUAAUACUGCAAGUAAGGUGAAGUGAUUUGCAUUAUUUAUAUUAUAAGAUUGUUUUCCUUUUCAUACUCGUUUUCAUUGUUUUAUGGUAUGCAAAUACACUUCUGCAGUGCAUUAAAAAUGCAUGCAAAGGGCUUGGAGGCAAAUGGUGUUGUGUAAUUGAAGGUACAGAUGUGUUCUAAUAGAGGAAUAAAUUCCAUCGAUGAACAGGAAUACAAGUUUGACAUUUUAUGUUAAGAAAGGCAUAUUUAAAUCCCUAAGUUACUUAUAUUGUAGACUCUUUAAUUAAUUGUGCUCUGAAUAAUGAAUUCUUUAUUUUAGAUCAGAAUUUUGGAGGAUUGCAGCACUGAGAUCUCUGGAGUCUGCUGUGUGUAGCCAUAAUGAGUUCGUCACUGGUUGCUUAUGAGGAUUCAGACUCUGAGACAGAAACUGAGACGACUGAAGUCCCCCAAGCUUUUGGCACAGGAAAAAGCUCUCAGAGUUCUUCUGUGAGUUGUGGUCAGCACUUUGCACCUGGUAGUUUGGGUACAAAAUCUACAUAUGAAAUGCACCCUAUGGAGAACAGUGGCAGUUCUGGCACAAGCACUGUUUGUGAAGAUCCCCCUGAGCUUUAUGCACAGACUAAUAACACUGAUUUGACAUCUCCUUACUCUGGGAGGGUGUACUCUGGCCAUGCUGCAUUAUCUAUGGCUUACAGAAACUGUGAACGGACCUCAAGCUCUUCAGCAAACUCUGGACAUGGCGUUUCUCAGAAGAGAAUGCAUAAAGACAGUGCUACUACCAUAAAAGGAAUUAGACCAUAUAUCCCCAAACGAUUGCGUCAAGAAAAUUCCAGUAUGCCUGAAACAAAAGAAUCUGAUCAGAGAGGUAGCUCAGAUUGUGAUGGUAAACUGGGUAUGUCAGGAGAGCAGUCUUCGAGAAAGAUCUCUGAAUUAAUUAAGCCAUAUUUGGGAUCCAAAUAUAAAUCAACUGAAGUCCCCAAAAGCUUAAUAUUUCACAUGUGUAAACACAGUGGCCCUGUUAAUGAAAUCCAGUGGUGUCCUGUACGGGAACAGAGUCACAUGCUUCUCUCAGCUUCUAUGGACAAAACAGUCAAGGUAAUGUAAAACAAGAUGCUUUGUGGCUCCAUCAUCAAACUUAAAAAUACUGUAUUAAAUAAUGCUCAUCUGGAAAUAACAUCCUUGCUUGCGUGUGUGUUGCCAAUGUGUUUGGAAUUUGAGGAGAUGCUUUGAAGCAUAAGACUCUAUUAUGAACUUGCAGCCUAAUUCUUCACUAUACCCACAGUUUGGGUAUUUGGAAUUUGGUGUAAUGUUUUGGGGUUUUUUUGAAUUAGUCAUCUAAGUGUUUUAGACCUUAGAAAGUUAGAUUUCUACCAGGUCAUUUCU